AUGAUGGUUUUUCUGAGGGUGGCCCUCCUGGGCUCAGCGGCGCAGCUGCAGCGCGGGCUGGGCCUGGAGCCUCCGUCGGAGGCCAGCGAUGGCUUUUUUGGUCCGAAGCGCUGGCGCAUUCGGACUUUGGCCAUUGCAGGUACCUGGAUAGCGUUGUUGGCUUAUUCUGUGCUCCUGGCGCCUGGAAAGAGUCCAGACGAGCGCGUGGCGGAUCAGGCUCUGAUCCAGCAGAUAUUCACAACGCCCUUCGACGGCUCGGUGAACCCACUCUUCUGCUGCAUCUUCAACAUGCUAGGCAUCUGGCCGAUGAUCUACGCCGCGACUUUGCUGCCGGGAGCCGAUCGUCAGUCGCCGGCGCCGGCACUGCCGUUCGUGGCUGGUUCUUUCUUCCUCGGUGCUUUUGCGCUCAGCCCUUACCUGGCGCUGCGUGAGAACAGGUCUGUGGCAGGUCAAUCAGGAGAGAUUGACUGGGCCACGGCGAACAUCCUCGAGAACCGCUUAACUGCUGUGGUCCUCCUUGCUUUCGCUGCCUAUUUGGCGCUUUUUGCUGUGGGAAACGGGGCGAUCGGUGGCUUCUCGCCCUCCGAAGCCUUGUCUGGCUUCAUGCCAGUCUUCGGCAGUAGUUUGACUGCCCACGUGUCAAGCCUUGACUUCAUGGUGCUUUGGAUGCUUUUCGGGCCGGUCCUGCUGGAAGAUGGACGCCGACGAG